CGUCCCGGGCCCAUUGCAGACAGCCAGUACUUUGUACCGUAAGUUGCUCAGUGCAGCCAGAACCGCGGCGCGGCGGAGAACUCACGUUACUUCCCAAUGCGGAGCAGCGCGAACCAUGGGGAAGUGUGAAAACAUCGGGGAUGCUGUGAAGUCUCUUAUUGCCGGUGUCUGGAUCAUCGUCAGCGUCGGUUCCAGAGGUGUUCACGGCCAGAACGGAAAUGGGUGUGGACAUACUUUUCUGGGCUCUGACUCCGGCACUCUGGCCUCUCAGAGCUACCCAGGCACUUACCCCAGUGACGCGUGGUGCACGUGGCGGCUUCAGGUGCCAGAACCACGGACGCUGCGGCUGCUGUUUGGGGAUUUUGACAUUGAGAGUAGUCCAAACUGCAGCAACGGCUCUCUUGUGAUCACAGAUAAGACUGGAGAAACCCUUCUUGGUCCGGUGUGUGGGAAGCUUGAUGCAACACAGAGGAAUGUGACACUUAACAGCAGUGCAGUGACAGUACUGUUCAAGUCAGGCCCGCACCGCUCUGGACGAGGGUUUCUACUGUCCUACGCCACAGACCAGUAUCCAGAUCUUAUUUCUUGUUUACAACGAGGAUCUCAUUUUAACUCGCCACAUUUGAGUGUGUACUGUCCUGCCGGAUGCAAAAACGUGACAGGGGACGUGAUGGGGAACUCUGAGCAGGGUUACAGAGAUACGUCAGUCCUGUGCAGGGCAGCUGUCCAUGCUGGAGCUGUGGGUGAGAACCUGGGCGGCCGAGUCACUGUGACCCGUGGGAGAAGUCUCACACUGUAUGAAUCCACGUUUGCCAAUGGAAUCCUUUCAAGAAUGGGUCCAUUAUCUGAGAAGAAAUUGCUCUUCAGUCAAGAAUGCAACAACAUCCUGGCUGUUUCUGGUUUGAAUGCCUCAUCUUUCUGGAACAAACACAGUCAAGAGCACAGCAUGUUUGGUUCCUCUAGAAACAUGGAUCCCCAAACGUGGACAGCAGACAUUGAUGAUCUAAAUCCCUGGGUGGAGCUGGAGCUGAGCGAUAGAAGCAAUAUCACAGGAAUAAUAACAACAGGCUCCAGUGAGCACUACAUAGAAUCCUACGUUCUGUUUUUCAGCAAGGACAGGAAGAACUGGAAGCCUUACAAAGGUGCUUUCAGCAGAGAGAAAAAGCUGUUCCAGGCCUACACCGACGGCCACCUCAGGGUUCGCAACAGCUUGUUUCCUCCCGUGGUGGCGCGAUUCCUUCGGCUUCAGCCACUGCGGUGGCACGGCAGAGCGUCCGCUGCGGUCCGCGUCCUCGGCUGCCCUGUGGCCAGAUUCACUCCCCGAUCUCCCUCAUUGGAAGCUACAGAGCCUCCAUCCAGUAAAAGUACAACUACAAUGCAGCCAGGCUCCGCUCCCACCCCCACAGAUGCCCUAGAGUCAAGACUGAGCUCCAGUCAGCCAAUAAUGGUGGCAAUGGGGGUGGUCCUGGGACUCUUAUUCUGCGGAAGCUGUUUGUUGGCUGUCAUCUGGCGAAAGCGAAGGAAAAAAGAGUCACAAAUGAAGUACUCGCUACCUACAAGCUGUCAGAUGUUCCAGGCAAAGAGUCUCCCCUUCCCACAGUCACAGCUCAUCUCCUACCCUCUGGAGAGAAAUGUCCAUGACGCUCUACCCAGCCCUCCUCUCAAAGACUAUGAAUUGCCUGCUGCUCCAGCUACUGGACAGAAGAUUGGAUCAACGUUCAGACCCUCAUCAGACGAGGACUACACCACCCCCUUUUCCUUGAACCAUUAUGACGUUCCUGGUGACCUGCCAGAAUACGCCGAGCCACUUCCCCCCGAGCCUGAGUAUGCCACCCCAUUCAGUGAGCAGCCCUCGGAGUCCGGAGGCCCAUCACUGAGUGGCAUUCUCCACAAGACACACGGACCUUCCACACAGGCUCCUGCCAGCGGCGCCAAGAUGACGUCCAGCCACGCUCAGUAUGACUGCCCCUCACACCGGGUGCUAUCCAACGGCUACUGCACUCCUGCGCUACAUGCUAGCAGCCCGCGGCCGCCCAGUGCCGUCUAUGCUGAGCCCAAGUCAUGUGACUCUCUACUACAGAAGCGCACAUAUGAGAGGCCUUUGUGAGCACAGCAAACUUAGAAAUGCAGGAGACAAGGACUCUUGAGCUAAGAUGUGCAUUGGGACCAGUGGGACCAGUGCUAGACGGCGUUGGACUGGUCCUGACAGAAUUGAACGCCCGGGGAGAGAGAGUAUUGCUAUGCACUCACUGUUUGAGUUUACUACACAGAGUACAACAUAAUCUGAAAGCCAUACGGACACAUACAGCUACGUAGGUGAUCUAUAAAGUUCAGUGCAGUGGAAGGUUUAUCUGUGUCUCGGCAAUACUGUUUAUUAUUGUAACAUUUAAUUACAAGUUGCACUUUCAGAAAACACAUACAGAAAUGUGUGCGUCAGUCUAUUUAACAAGUUAAUACAAAAGUUUCAACAUGUUACUGUUCUGUACUGUAUGUUACUUGUUUUCACAAAUCAUUUUAUUAACAAUGUAGAAUUUCAUUAUUUUGUAAAAACAGAGAAAAGGAAACGAGCACUAUAAAUUGCACACUGUAAUAAAGUGGUAAAGAUUGA